AUGCUUGCGACCAAAAGCAAUCAAAGAUUAAGUAUUGAUAAGAAUGUAAACAAACUUGCACACGACACGCUCCCUGCUUUGAUGUGCUGUGGGCGGCGCGGCCCCGGGGGCCCUCCGCAGCGCACCAGCACUCAUCGCAGCAAUGCACUCACGCAGGCAGGUGCGGGAUGCGAGCAGAGCAGUUAUAAGCGAAGGAUGUCAUGCAGCACUGGAAUAGAUUGGUGCCGACAAAGCUUAGAAAACAGUUCAGAAGCAGCUAUUUGUGCUGGAGGGGUAUAA